UGGGGAAAUUUUUAUUAUGGGUUGUGAUUUUAGUGAUGGUAGUGAAUACUUUGGGCUGUUUAGGGUGUCUCGAGGAAGAGAGGAUUGCAUUGUUACAUGUGAAAACUCACAUAAUGAACAACACAUAUGGGAACUUUCUAGAUUCAUGGGUUGUUGAAGAUAAAAUGAGUGAUUGUUGUAAAUGGUCCAGAGUGAUAUGUAGUAAUAUUACGAGGAGAGUGAUUGAAUUAAAUCUCGAUUUUGUAAGGGAUGAAAGUGUUGGGAAUUGGUAUAUCAAUGCUACUACAUUUCUCCCUUUCAAACACCUCAACUAUUUAGGCUUGGACGAAAAUAACCUUGCUGGUGUGGUUGAGAAUGGAGGUCUUGAUAAACUGUCAAAACUUCGCAAUUUGAAAGGGCUUGAUUUGAGCUAUAACAACUUGAAUCGCAAUAUACUUUCUUCUCUCAGUCAUCUUUUGUCUCUCAAGGAACUUUAUUUGGAUGGAAAUCUAUUGGACUCACCCCAUAAUAAUUCGGGUCAAGAAAGACUCUCAGGAUUAAAAAAUUUGGAGAUCCUCAGCAUGGAAUCAACCAAGAUGGAAGAAAACAAUGUCUUAUCGGCUUUGAAUUUAAAAGACUUCAUCCGCUUGAAGGAUCUAGACCUAAGUGGGAACAAAUUCCAAAGCUUUGAACCAAUUAAAGAUUUAAAGGACUUCAUUAAUUUGAAGAAGCUAGACAUAAGCUACAACAAAUUUAAUAACAGCAUAUUCGAGCUGGUUAAAAGGCUUCCUUCACUCAAGAUUCUGGGACUAAGUGGAAAUGAUAUUCACGGCCAAUUGCUCAUACAAGACAUAAAUGCCUUAAGCAAUCUGGAGGAAUUAUAUUUGGAUGACAAUUAUAUUGAGGGCUUUGAGACCUUUGCAAGCUUUUCAGAUGGAAGAAGAUUAAUGAAAUUGGAGACAUUGCGUUUGGAUAACAAUAGGUUUAGUAGCAGCAUAUUCAAGUCACUUAAAGAACUCCCUUCACUUAAAUUUCUGAGUUUGAGUGAAAAUAAUUUUCACAGAUCAGAGCACAUACAAGAUAUAAAUGCUUUAAGCAGUUUGAAGGACUUAGAUUUGAGUUAUAGUUCAUUUGAGGACUUUGAGACUUCUACAAGCCUUUCAGGAGUAUCAAGUCGAAUUAAAAACCACAGUCAUCAUCUCCAGUUGCACUUAAAUAGCAUCAAGUGUAACAUGACAAAGCUACUACAAUCUUUGGCAACACUUCCAUCCAUUAAGAGCCUUAAUUUAGAAGAUAACAACAUUACAAGCGUUGAUGCAAUUUAUGCAUUGAGAAAUCUAAGCAUGCUAGAAGAGUUAUCCCUUGACUACUCUUACCUACAUAAGGACUUCCUUCAAAAUAUUGGACCAAUGAAAUCGCUCAAAGUAUUAUCGGCGAAUAGGGCACAAUUAAAAAGUACAUUACCUAAUAAAGGUUGGUGUGAACUAAGGAACCUCCAAAAACUUUGGUUUAGUGAAACUCAAUUGGAGGGAACAUUGCCACCAUGCUUGAAAAAUUUAACUUCUCUUGAUUUGAUUGAUCUCUCUCAAAAUAGGCUUAUUGGAAACAUUGGUUCAUCUCCGCUUUCAACACUCAAGUCACUCAAAUAUAUAAUAAUUUCGAAUACCUCUUUUGAAGUCCCAAGCUCAUUCAAUGUUUUUGCUAAUCAUACAAAGCUUAGAGGCAUUCUUGCUGAUGGAAAUAAGGUAAUUAAAGAAACUGAGUUGCAAAGCUGGGUCCCUAAGUUCCAACUAGAAAUAUUUACCAUGUCAAAUUGCAUCGGCCUUCUAAAGUUGCCAGCAUUUCUUCACUACCAGCAUAAUCUGCAGAUUUUUGAGAUCUCCAAAAAUAAUUUGGAGGGAGAAUUUCCCAACUGGUUGCUACAAAACAACACGAAACUCUAUUCCUUUCUUAUGAAUUUCAAUGCUUUCACAGGAGUCUUUAAGUUACCAUCACAUCGUAAUGCUAAGAUGAUGAUAAUUGGUGUCUCCAACAACAAGUUAUGUGGAGAGAUUCCUAACAACUUAAGUUUAUCCUUUCCAAAUGUUUUUGCAUUGACCCUCUCUUAUAACUUCUUUGAGGGACAGAUACCUUCAAGUCUUGGAAAAUUGGAACUGUUAUACUUUCUGGACUUGUCAAACAAUUCAUUGACAGGGGAAAUUCCUAAGGAGUUGCUGAUAGGUCUCUCUGGGUUGCAUGUGCUCAAACUGUCAAACAAUAAAUUGGAAGGAGAAAUAGUCCAAGAAUUUGUUCACUUGCAUUCACUCCAGUACCUUCACCUUGAUGGUAACAAUUUCACAGGCACCAUUAAAGAGAGUAUUUUGAAUAUCUAUUUGGUUUCUUUGGAUAUUAGUGACAACAAAUUUGCUGGGAAUAUUCCAAGAUGGAUGGGUAACAUGACAAGUUUACAACAACUCUCUAUGUCCAAGAAUCAUCUUGAAGGUCCUAUCCCUAUUGAGUUGUGUAGCCUGGAAUUCCUCUCUAUUUUAGACUUGUCAGAGAACAACUUAACAGGGUCAAUUCCAUCUUGCCUCAAUCCAUCCUCAAUAAAGCAUGUUCGUCUGAGUAAAAAUCACCUGGGAGGUCAACUUACACGUGCUUUUUUUAAUAACAGUGCCUUGGUAAUAUUGGAUCUUAGUUACAAUGAUUUUGUUGGAACAAUUCCAGAAUGGAUAGGCACUAUCUCCAAUUUGAGCAUUCUUAUCCUCAAAGGAAAUCAGUUUGAUGGUAUGAUUCCAAUUCAAAUAUGUCAACUUAUGAGACUAAGUGUAUUGGACUUGUCUAGUAACCAAUUGACUGGUUUGAUCCCCAAAUGCUUGGGUAAGAUAAGUUUAGAGGUUACUGAUGAAAAAUCAAAAGCCAUCGUAUCUAUGUCUGUAGAUUUUGGCUUUGGAUCUAUAGUGCUAUUUUAUUCCUCUGGUAGAAAUGAUUUCAUCAUUGAUAUCUCAACAAGCAGUGCUCCUCCAGAAGUGGAAUUUACAACAAAGGGAAAUUCAUAUUACUAUGAAGGUAGCAUCCUCAAGUAUAUGUCUGGAAUCGAUCUCUCUGCAAAUAGGUUAAUUGGUGAAAUUCCAUUUGAGUUGGGAAAUUUAACUGAGAUACGUGCAUUAAACUUGUCACAUAACAACCUUAAUGGCACGAUACCAGAAACAUUUUCUAAGCUACAUAACAUCGAGAGCUUAGAUCUUUCCCACAACAAAUUGAUCGGAAAAAUUCCGAACACACUACUCAAGCUCUACUCAUUAGAGGUGUUUAGUGUUGCAUACAACAAUUUAACAGGUGCAAUACCAGGACAAAAUGCUCAAUUUGGAACUUUUGAUGAAAGCAGUUAUGAGGGCAAUCCUUAUUUGUGUGGGCCACCAUUACAAGUCAGCUGCAACAACAUUACGUCAUUGCCAUCUCCAUUGCCGAGUGAAGAAAGUAAUAAUGGUAUUGAUAUGGAGGUUUUCUACAUCAGUUUUGGUGUAUCUUAUGUUGUUUUUUUGUUAGGAAUAGUAUUAGUGUUAUAUAUAAAUCCUUACUGGAGAAACACUUGGUUUCAACUGAUUGAGUCCAUUGUAUAUAAGUGGCAUGGCUAAGGAAGAAACUAAAUACUCAUAGAUCAAAAGUAUUGUAAAUUGUAAUAAUGUAUUUUAUCACGUACUGUUCUUAUGUUUCA